AUGGCUGGUCAGAUAUUGCCUCCUCGGCCUCUCCUCCAGCCAGGCGUUGCAGAUUCCACAGAUUUGCGCAUCAAAGUAUAUCUUCAGCGCCGUGGCGUUCCCGUAGAUUCCCUGUACGACGGGCUCACCAACCUGUUCAACUGGUCUGAUAAGGAGCAGGACAGAUCCAACAAGGAGCAGAAAGAAAUCCAGAAGAAGUUCCAAGCGGCGUCCGACGAAGCCCGGAACUUGGCGCAAGAAAUCAACAAAAAAGAUCUAGCGAUGAUCCAGCUCACGAGCGAGCGCGACGCGUUGAGGCAGCAUGCCGGCAAGACCGAGGCGAAGCAGAAGAGCGCCGAAGAAGCAUGCCAGAAGGCCAAAUCGGACCUCAGUAAAGCCCAAGGUUCCAUCAAAUGGCUGCAACAGGCCAACCAAAGCGUUACCCGAGAGAGGGACCAAAAGACUCUAAAGAUCAGUGAUCUACUCGGCGAGACCAGCAGCCUGAGAGGCGAGAUUGACGAUAUUAAGGCAGCCUCGGCCAUCAAACUAGAGGCCAAGCAGAAAGAGUACGAUACCAAGUGGAGAUUGUACGACGCGCAACUGCACACCGAGAGGCAAAACUUGUUGGCCAUGGCCGCACAGUACAAAGAAGCUCUAGCCGCCAAAGACAGCCAAGCGGAUCUAGCCGCCCAGCGGUACCAAAACGAACUAGGAAGCAUAAAUACGCUAUGGAAUUCGAAAUGGAGAAUGGCUAUCCAGGAGUUUGACACCCAGCUGGAGACGCAGGCCCAGAAGCACCAGGGGGAAAUGGGACAAGCGGGCCGCUCGAUCGCCGAGAUGGUCGAGAAGCACGCCGGGGAGAUCAAGUCGCGGGAAGACCAGACGGCGGCCGUGGAAGCGCGCUACCGGCGGCGGCUGGCCGAGGUGGAGGGUAGCGUGCGGGCCGAGAUCGAGCGGGCGCAGCGCGAAGACCGCAUGACCAUCAGGCGGCAGCAGCAGCAGAUCGCCGCGUACACCAAGGACGGCUACGCGCCCGUCGACGACGCCGCCUUCACCAAGUCGUUCCAGGCCCUCGUGCAGGACGUCAACCGCCUCGCCAGCCACGCCCGCCUGCCGCCCACCAUCGACUUUGACCCGGCGCUCGACCCGACGGGCUGCCUCGAGAGACACGGCGGGCUGAGGAGGAGCUGGAUCUGGCCGCGCUUCGUCCGCAACCUGUGCUGGGAGGUCCUGCUCGCGGGGUUUUUCAGUCUGCCGUUUGGGUUCGGCGCCCUGGGGAAGCAGGGCGACGGGUAUGAUGAGCUAAGGCGCAUGUAUCAGGCUACGGCACGGCUGCUUUCCCCCCCCACAGACGACACGGACCCUGUCAUGGCAAUGCCCAACGAGAAAGAUGUCAGCCUGUACCGCGCCUCGUACAUGGAAAAGAUGCUCUCGGCGAUCCGGUCUGACCAGAGGGGGGCAACCGCCGGCGGCGAGAUGGCGUACGCCGUGGUCUUCCAAAAGAACGUCGACGCGGUGGCGCGACGGCUCUACGACACGCUCGACCACAUCGUCAACGGGCAGAUCAGCGCGGCGUGUCUGCAGCAGGCGUCUGCCGUUGCGCACAAGCUGGGGAUACUCGCGCUGGAGAUGGGCACGCAGCGCGCCAGGAUCUGGCUCGAGACGUGCCGCUACGGCGAGCACUCGACGCCCGAUGAGUGGAAGACGGAGGAUGGGGAGGAGACGGCCUCGGUCGGCGGGUCGGUUGGUGGUGUUAUGGUAGACUUGAUGGUGCAUCCCUGCCUGAGCAGGGUCGGCGACGGGAGAGAUGAUUUAGUCAAGAAGAAGGUCAUGGCCAAGGGCGAGUUCGUGCCGCUGCGUUGA